CGGGCAGCCCUCUUUUCCGCGGCCGUCUGGCUUCCUGCCGCGUUUUGUUUGCGACGCUGUCGUGUAACGGCGCGCUUUCCGGCCGCGGGGACGGAGCCCACGACUGGGCCACUGCGGCCGGAAGAGAGGUCAGGCGAGUGAGGUUGAUGCCCGGCGGCGGGGCAAGUGCGGCGUCUGGCCGGCUUCUCACCGCCGCGGAGCAAAGGGGGGUCCGGGAAUCGGCGGGGUCGGCGUCCAGGAGCGGCCCAGCGGGUUUCGGCUCCGGCGGCAGAGGCGGCGCAGGCGGCCCCGGGCCGGGGAGUGGAGGCCCGGGGGGCCCCGCGGGCAGAAUGAGCCUGACCCCGAAAGAGCUCUCGAGCCUGCUGAGCAUCAUUUCAGAGGAGGCGGGCGGCGGCAGCACCUUCGAGGGCCUGUCCACCGCCUUCCACCACUACUUCAGCAAGGCCGACCACUUCCGUCUGGGCUCGGUGCUCGUCAUGCUGCUGCAGCAACCAGACCUGCUGCCCAGCGCGGCGCAGCGCCUCACGGCGCUCUACCUGCUCUGGGAGAUGUACCGCACCGAGCCGCUCGCCGCCAACCCCUUCGCCGCCAGCUUCGCGCACCUGCUCAACCCCGCGCCGCCCGCCCGCGGCGGCCAGGAGCCCGACCGGCCGCCGCUCUCAGGAUUUUUACCUCCUAUAACUCCACCAGAAAAGUUUUUUCUUUCCCAGCUGAUGCUGGCACCCCCAAGGGAACUCUUCAAAAAGACGCCUCGACAGAUUGCGCUGAUGGAUGUCGGAAACAUGGGCCAGUCUGUGGACAUUAGUGGGCUUCAGCUGGCUUUGGCUGAACGGCAGUCUGAAUUGCCCACUCAAAGUAAGGCUAGCUUUCCUAGUAUUCUCAGUGACCCAGACCCGGAUUCUUCUAAUUCUGGCUUUGACAGCUCAGUUGCCUCUCAGAUCACAGAAGCUUUAGUCAGUGGACCAAAGCCACCAAUUGAAAGCCAUUUCCGGCCAGAGUUUAUUCGUCCACCACCUCCACUCCACAUUUGUGAGGAUGAACUGGCUUGGCUGAAUCCCACAGAGCCGGACCAUGCGAUCCAGUGGGAUAAAUCAAUGUGUGUGAAGAAUAGCACUGGUGUAGAGAUCAAGCGAAUAAUGGCCAAAGCCUUCAAAAGCCCCUUAUCGUCUCCUCAACAAACACAGCUCCUUGGUGAAUUGGAAAAAGACCCCAAACUUGUUUAUCACAUCGGCCUCACUCCAGCCAAACUUCCUGACCUAGUGGAGAACAACCCUCUGGUCGCUAUAGAAAUGUUGCUGAAGUUAAUGCAGUCAAGCCAGAUCACUGAGUAUUUCUCGGUCUUGGUCAAUAUGGACAUGUCUUUACAUUCAAUGGAAGUUGUAAACCGACUAACUACAGCUGUUGAUCUACCUCCUGAAUUUAUUCACCUCUAUAUAUCAAAUUGCAUCUCUACUUGUGAGCAAAUUAAAGAUAAAUAUAUGCAGAAUCGUUUGGUGCGUCUUGUGUGUGUCUUUCUCCAAUCUUUGAUCCGUAACAAAAUUAUCAAUGUGCAGGACUUGUUUAUAGAAGUGCAGGCAUUCUGUAUUGAAUUCAGUAGGAUACGAGAAGCUGCUGGUCUUUUCCGGUUGUUGAAGACAUUGGAUACUGGGGAGACACCUUCUGAGACCAAAAUGUCAAAGUAAUACCUCAUCAGAACCUACCCCGCCCUCCCACCCCCAGUCAUUGUUCAGCUGUACUGUUAUUUAAUUUUUAAAACUGUUAGAAUUCCAAGUGGAUUGUGUGGUUUAAUACAUAUAAACAACACUUUAUGUACUUUAAGCACAGUUUUCUUUUCUGGAUGACUUUUCCUUUAGAUAAAUUUUUGUUAAGAACUUAGAAAAAUGUCUUUUAGGUGGUUUGCUGAUGAUUAGCCUAGAGGAAUGGUUAUACCCCAAAAAAUUACUGCAAAAAAGUAGAUGAGGUCUUUAACACUAAAAAGCAAAGUGCCUGUUUUUGUUUAAAACACAAAUUACAGGCUUUUUUUAAGUCAAGAAUCUAGUUUUCCUUAAGUUCCAAUGUUGAAAAUAUUUGAUUAGAGUAAAUUGAGACAUUCUUAAGAAUUUGUCACACUGCCCUUCAGGUGAAAGCAAUUCAGUUUUUGAAUCAAGUGGCAAACAGGUUUGAUCCUUGCAUCCAUUUAUGUGUGUAGCUCUUCUCGUUAAGCAGUUUGAACCAAGGGACAUACUUUAACUUUAUUCUUUCUUGUCAUGAGGACUUACAGAAUAAAUUUCUUGGGCCUCUUAUAAAUAUGGGAAUUCUUAGAAACCUUUUUGAGACUGUAAUAGCUGGCAGUUUUCUGGUUUUUUUCCUCUUAACAUGUUCCUUAGUUCUUCGGUUGUUAGUCUGAGCUAGUUAUUUUUUUGUUUUCAGGAAAAAUGUCAAUGCAUUGGGAGGGAAUAACCCCCUGACAAACUGUCAUGUAAAAUUGCUUGCUGAGUGGGCUAUCUGCACCUGCUGCCUGUGGUAGGGAAGAUGACCUGUAGGAGAGGGAGAGUGAGGUAGGAUCAUGUGGGCUGUGUUACCCUCAUUUAACGUUGGACAACAGUGCCUUACAUUAAAGUUUUUUAAUGAACUCUAA